AUGGGCGAGGAACGAGGCACGCUUUUAUCCUUUGUGAAGGGCAUGCUGUUGGAGAGAGUGGGGCAUCCUUGGGGCAACCAAAAGCCAAGAACAGGUGUGCAAAUCAUGACGUCUGAAGAUAACGCGGGUGGGAGCAUUCUGUGCUGUCAACAGGUGGCUACGACAGGUUUCGACAUCGUGUUGCGCAGCUUUGAUGUAAUAUUUACACGAUAG